UCGUAGGCGCGUGGUGCAUUUGAUUAGGUUUUGUGCUUGGUCUGGAGCUGCAUUUACCAGCAUCUUGCAGACAACUGGACUUAUUUUGGACAUUUUACAUCUGCUGUCUGCUCUCUAAUUGGAAUAAAAUGGAUAUUACCUCAAACACUUUGGAGGACGAUAAAGAUUGUAGGCCUACGGGCCACGACCGUCAGGAAACUGAAUACCACGUUGCGUCCAUGGCCGAGGGUCUAGCUCCAACCACGGCCGAGGGAAGCGAGGAACCACGCUGUUGUGACGAUGAAGAAUUCAAGCACAAACUUGACGAUCUUAAAGUGAAAGAGAAAGAGACAAGCGCCAGACUUGAGACUGUGGAGCGCAGACUAACUCAAACCGAAGCCAAAAUGCGCAGCUGUGAUGAUAUGCUUGUUCUGAUUGGUCUACUGUCCGACCGGCUUGGACAAGUUCACCCCGAGUUGGGGCCAUUACAGGGCGGUGAAGACGCACCCAAAGGCCAGACGGAUUUUGCCUCCGUACCAAGGGCCAAUUAACUUACUACCAGACUUUACGUGUUUAUAACUUCGAUCAAAUGAAAUAAACAACUGUGUUGACUUUAUUCUGUAUAUUGCAAGUUCUAAAGACCUUUCUAUUUUGAUGAACAAAUCACGUUGGUUGGCAUGGACAUUAACAUUGACAAUAAAUCGUCUUAAAGACACUAGACACUAUUGGUAAUUGUCAAAGACUAGUCUUAUCACUUGGUGUAUUUCA